GGGAUGGGGCGGGCGGCCGCGGCCGCCUAAGAUGCCGGCCAUGCGGGGGCUCCUGGCGCCGCAGAACACCUUCCUGGACACCAUCGCCACGCGCUUCGACGGCACGCACAGUAACUUCGUGCUGGGCAACGCCCAGGUGGCGGGGCUCUUCCCCGUGGUCUACUGCUCUGAUGGCUUCUGCGACCUCACGGGGUUCUCCCGGGCUGAGGUCAUGCAGCGGGGCUGCGCCUGCUCCUUCCUCUAUGGGCCAGACACCAGUGAGCUCGUGCGCCAACAGAUCCGCAAGGCCCUGGAUGAGCACAAAGAGUUCAAGGCUGAGCUGAUCCUGUACCGGAAGAGCGGGCUCCCCUUCUGGUGUCUCCUGGAUGUGAUACCUAUAAAGAAUGAGAAAGGGGAGGUGGCCCUCUUCCUGGUCUCUCACAAGGACAUCACUGACACCAAGAACCGAGGGGGCCCCGACAACUGGAAGGAGACAGGUGGUGGCCGGCGCCGAUAUGGCCGGGCAGGAGCCAAAGGCUUCAAUGCCAACCGGCGGCGGAGUCGGGCUGUGCUUUACCACCUGUCUGGGCACCUGCAGAAGCAGCCCAAGGGCAAGCACAAGCUCAAUAAGGGUGUGUUUGGGGAGAAGCCAAACUUGCCCGAGUACAAAGUAGCUGCCAUCCGGAAGUCGCCCUUCAUCCUGCUGCACUGUGGGGCGCUGAGGGCCACCUGGGACGGCUUCAUCCUGCUUGCCACGCUCUACGUGGCUGUCACCGUGCCCUACAGUGUGUGUGUGAGCACAGCCCGGGAGCCCAGCACUGCCCGUGGCCCGCCCAGCGUCUGUGACCUAGCCGUGGAGGUCCUCUUCAUCCUCGACAUUGUGCUGAAUUUCCGUACCACAUUCGUAUCCAAGUCGGGCCAGGUGGUGUUUGCCCCAAAGUCCAUUUGCCUGCACUACGUCACCACCUGGUUCCUGCUGGAUGUCAUUGCUGCGCUGCCCUUUGAUCUGCUAAACGCCUUCAAGGUCAACGUGUACUUCGGGGCCCACCUGCUGAAGACCGUGCGGCUGCUGCGCCUGCUGCGCCUGCUCCCGCGGCUGGACCGGUACUCGCAGUACAGCGCUGUGGUGCUGACCCUGCUCAUGGCUGUGUUCGCCCUGCUCGCCCACUGGGUGGCUUGCAUCUGGUUCUACAUCGGCCAGCAGGAGAUCGAGAGCAGCGAAUCCGAGCUGCCCGAGAUUGGCUGGCUGCAGGAGCUGGCCCGCCGGCUGGAGACCCCUUACUACCUGGUGGGCCGGAGCCCAGCAGGGGGGAACAGCUCUGGUCCGAGUGACAACUGCAGCAGCAGCAGCAGCAGCGAGGCCAACGGGACGGGGUUGGAGCUCCUGGGCGGCCCGUCACUGCGCAGCGCCUACAUCACCUCCCUCUACUUUGCGCUCAGCAGCCUCACCAGUGUGGGUUUUGGCAACGUGUCCGCCAACACGGACACUGAGAAGAUCUUCUCCAUCUGCACCAUGCUCAUUGGCGCCUUGAUGCACGCGGUGGUGUUUGGGAACGUGACGGCCAUCAUCCAGCGAAUGUAUGCGCGCCGCUUUCUGUACCACAGCCGCACUCGCGACCUGCGUGACUACAUCCGCAUCCAUCGCAUCCCCAAGCCCCUCAAGCAGCGCAUGCUCGAAUAUUUCCAGGCCACCUGGGCUGUGAACAACGGCAUCGACACCACCGAGCUGCUGCAGAGCCUCCCAGACGAGCUGCGCGCAGACAUUGCCAUGCACCUGCACAAGGAGGUCCUGCAGCUGCCACUGUUCGAGGCUGCGAGCCGUGGCUGCCUGCGGGCGCUGUCCCUGGCCCUGCGGCCCGCCUUCUGCACGCCUGGCGAGUACCUCAUCCAUCAGGGCGACGCGCUCCAGGCCCUCUACUUUGUCUGCUCCGGCUCCAUGGAGGUGCUCAAGGGUGGCACCGUGCUCGCCAUCCUAGGGAAGGGCGAUCUGAUCGGCUGUGAGCUGCCCCGGCGGGAACAGGUGGUGAAAGCCAAUGCUGACGUGAAGGGGCUCACGUACUGCGUCCUGCAGUGUCUGCAGCUGGCCGGGCUGCAUGAGAGCCUUGCGCUGUACCCCGAGUUUGCCCCGCGCUUCAGCCGCGGCCUCCGAGGGGAGCUCAGCUACAACCUAGGUGCUGGGGGAGGCCCUGCGGAGGUGGACACCAGCUCCCUGAGCGGUGACAACACCCUCAUGUCCACUUUGGAGGAGAAGGAGACAGACGGGGAGCAGGGUCCUGCAGCCUCACCAGCCCCAGUGGAUGAGCCCUCCAGCCCCCUCCUAUCCCCCAGCUGCACCUCCUCAUCCUCGGCUGCCAAGCUGCUAUCCCCACGUCGAACCACAUCCCGGCCGCGUCUUGGUGGCAGAGGGCGGCCAGGAAGGGCAGGGACUUCAAAGUCUGAGGCUGGCCCCUCUGCUCACCCACGGACCCUAGAGGGGCUGCGGCUGCCCCCCAUGCCAUGGAAUGUGCCCCCAGAUCUGAGUCCCAGGGUGGUAGAUGGCAUUGAAGAUGGCUGUGUUUCAGACCAGCCCAAGUUCUCUUUCCGUGUGGGGCAUUCUGGUCCAGAAUGUAGCAGCAGCCCCUCCCCUGGGCCAGACAGUGGCCUGCUCACUGUCCCCCUUGGGCCCAGCGAGGCGAGGAAUACAGACACUCUGGACAAGCUUCGGCAGGCGGUGAUGGAGCUGUCUGACCAAGUGCUACAGAUGCGGGAGGGACUGCAAUCACUUCGCCAGGCUGUGCAGCUCAUCCUAGCACCCCAAGGGGAGGGCCCGUGCCCUCAGGCAUCAGCAGAGGGGCCCUGCCCAGCCAGCACCUCUGGACUCCUGCAGCCUCUGUGUGUGGACACAGGGGCAUCCUCCUGCUGCCUGCAGCCCUCAGCUGGCUCUGUCUUGAGUGGGACUUGGCCCCACCCUCACCCAGGUCCCCCUCCCCUCAUGGCACCCUGGCCCUGGGGCCCCCCAGCAUCUCAGAGCUCCCCCUGGCCUCGAGCCACAGCUUUCUGGACCUCCACCUCAGACUCAGAGCCGGCCGGCUCAGGAGAACUCUGCUCUGAGCCCAGCACCCCUGCCUCACCUCCUCCUCCUGAGGAAGGGGCUAGGACUGGGCCUCCAGAGCCUGUGAGCCAGGUUGAGGCAACCAGCACUGGAGAGCCCCCACCAGGGUCAGGGGGCCUGGCGUUGCCCUGGGACCCCCAUGGCCUAGAGAUGGUGCUUAUUGGCUGCCAGGGCUCUGGCACAGUCCAGUGGAGCCAGGAAGAAGGCACAGGGGUCUGACUGCCAGCCCCAGAGCUCAGUGUUGCCAGACGCGCUGCCAUCUGCUGCUCUGCCCAACCUCAGGGUGAAGGAAGGGCAGCACACCCCCGGGACUCUGUGCUGCCCACAUGUGGGCUCAGGGCAGGCAGUGUGGGAGCGAAGCAGGUCCUGGCCUCAGACCCUCAUGGAGGGUGGAGCCUCAGGGGAAGACCCCAGGGCUAGGAAUCCACUCCUGGGGCCCCUCCUCAGCCUGCUGCUCUGACCUCUUCAUCUCCCUUUGCAGGCUGGUGGGCAGAGGCCUGAGGACAAGGAGGGGUUCUGCCAUCCCCUGCAUGUGCACCCACCUCUACCUUUCCCAUUUUUUAUAUUAAAAAAAUAAUAAAAGAAACUACUUUGGAA